GGGUAUCUCACUGCUGUGACAGGAAAUAACCUCGAUAAUGGAAAGCGGCUGUUUCUCUGUCAGAUGAUGAUGAAGAUGGCGAUGAAGAUGUCUGCUGCCUCCGUCUCUCUGCUCCUGCUCUGCUGCUACGCCUCUGCCUCCACAGAUUCCCAGGAGCUGUGUGACAUUCACGCUGCGAGGGGCGACAGCGUCAAUGUGCCUCUGGGCCGCACACUGACCGACACAGACCGCUUGAAAUGGACGUACAACAACAGUAUGAUCCUAUUUAGUCGGAUUUCGAAAAAAAGCAAAUUACUCUCAGGGAAAAAGGAAGACAUUCAUGAAAACGGAUCCUUGUGGCUGAAGGAUGUGACGAUGAUCAACAACGGGGCGUACAAGCCUGAGGUUCUGGAUGCAAAGGGAAAGACAAUUGGAAAGGAAUUGAAAACCACACGUUUAUGUGUAUUGGAACGCGUCCCGAAGCCUUCAGUGGCCGUUGAAUGUAAAAAAACCUCAGCCAUAUUUACCUGCAAUUUCGCUAAGAAGUAUUCCAGUGACAAGGUAGAGUGGCUAAAGAACGACAAGGUGGAGGCAAAGCUCAAAGGUGAAUGGAAACUGACUCAAGAAGCCAAACAGGUGCAGUCGGACUCCUUCAGGUGCAGCGUCACCACCCGACUCGGCGUGAUGAAGAGCGACGCUGUGACGAAGAACUGCGUGAAGGGCUUUUUGAAGGAGAAAAUACAAAUAUUGGGACAAAAUAUUUAUAUCUGGAUUAUCGUGGCCGGUGGAGGAGGACUUGUGCUGUUGCUGAUAAUCCUGGUGAUCAUUUGCUGCCUCUGCACCAAAUGGAAGAACCGCAGGCGACGGCAAGAGAUGCGUUUGGAGUGGACCAAAGAAGAUCAGCAUAACCAUCAACAUGCACAGACUCCCCUCCACGACCAUCCUCAUCUUCCUCCUCCUCAUCAUCAUCCUCCUCCUCAGCAGCAGCAGCAGCAGCCGGCGGGACACACGGGGCCCAGAAAGCAUCGCUCCAAACGAGACCCCCAGCAGAAACCCAGAGUCCCUGAAGGACAUCCAGAGCCCAACCCCCGCAGAGCUGCUCAGGUGCCCAGACCAGCUGAGGCAGUGGAUGAAGAGCAGCCUCCUCCUCUUCCUCAGCCCCGGAAGACAGGUCCCAGAGCUCAGAGGGUGUGACAUCCCUCCUCUUCUUCAGGGGUUCACCUGGUCUCUUCUACAGAGGUGUAUCAGGGCCGUGUCGGUCAUGGAAAUUAACAUUAUUCUAAAGAUUUAAAUGACCUUUUUCCAAAAUUAAAACGGUAAUUUUAGAGGAAAAAACUGACCAUUUUGCGAGAAAAACACUUGAAUAUUCUCUGUGAAUAAAAUCAGACAUUUUCAGGUAAAGAAAUGUUGUUAAAAUAUAAAAGUUGUGGGAUUUCGUCCAGAAUCCACCGGUGGCCACGCAUCAGAAUAAUCAAGUUAAUUUUCCACAUAUUUCUGGUACAUUUGUGACUCUCUUUUUUAAAUAUAUUUUUAAUGAAUACUCCACUUCUUAGAGAUGUACCUCUAAAAGUGACCUGCUGGCUCUGAAAUGUAUUGUUUACCUAUUAUGCCAGACAGACAAGUAAAUAUAGAAAAUAUUUUUAUUUUAAGUGCCAGAUAAUAUCACUGCAGUAUUUUUAUAUAUAUUUUGUCAAAACUCUUAACUCCUAAAAAUACAGUUCUUUAUUUAUGUGUGUGUAAAUGGAUUAAUAAAUAAAUGUGGACGGCAUAGAAAUCACAGACGGCUAAUAUGUAAACUUUAAUGAUGAAUUCUUGCUUAUCGAGCAGGGUUGACUUGAUCAUAACAAUAAUGUAAAUACAGUAAUGUCCUCCAUGUGUUUAUAUGCAGAAAAGUAACCAUACCAUAUGUUUUAUUUAUCUGUGAAACCACCAUACAAUGUCAGAAGCAUAUGUUUUAUACUCUGCUUUUUAAUGUACAAAUGUUGAUUUAAACCGGAUGCAGUUUAAAGUUUGAAAAUAAAUGGUGUUGUCAAUUCUAA